AUGCAGGCUCGCAUGCUUCUGUGUCUCGCGCUGGCUGCGCUGCAGUCCACCGUUGAAGGCCUGCCCCUUGAUGGACUGUUCACCCGCGACCAGCUCGCCACCACGGCCAACAUCCAUCUUCCCGGCGCUGCCGCCGCGCGCGCCUACCAGGCUGAGGUCUCUGCCGCAGACGCCAAAGAGGUCCUCGGAGUAUAA